CCAAAACGAGACACAUAAUCUCACUUUAGAAGGAUCUGGUUAAUCGCCAAAAUGAGUAAACAAGCUGCUGACAUACCAGAACAAAAAGACUCGAGACGGGUCCCCAAACCUCUCAUGGAGAAAAGAAGGAGAGAUCGCAUUAAUCAAAGCCUAGAAACUCUGAGGAUGCUUUUAAUUGAGAAUACACACGAUGAGAAACUCAAGAACCCUAAAGUCGAAAAGGCUGAAAUCCUGGAAAGUGUUGUGCACUUCUUAAGAGCUGACCAAGGCCUGGGGACUGACCCUUUUAAAAUCACCAGAGGAAAAAGAGCACGCACAGAGGAGUCUGAUGAGGACCUGAGUUCACCUAGCAAAUGUCAGAACUACCAUGAUGGAAUGAGGACAUGUCUGAUACGAGUCAGCAAUUUUAUUGCUAGCAAGAGCCAUGAGUUUGGACAGGGAGUGGAGAAAGCAUGUGGAAACCUUCACAAAUCACACUCAAUGCAAGCCCAGCUACUGUCCACACCAUCCUGCAGAGAAACUCAGGUGCAUCUCAAUGAGGACUCAUCACUGCCAGCACAGCAGCAUCACACUUGUGUCCAACUGAGCAAUUCUUGCACACCAUCUGGCUGUGCGAAGCUAGCACAAAGAACUGUUCUGUCUGCUCCCACCAUGACUUCAAGUCCUAAGCAACCUGCUGUGCUCUGUGAUGCUGUCUGGAGACCUUGGUAGAAGAUCAUGUCCAAAGUCCCUGCAAAGCUCUCUAAAGACUGAAAAGGCCAGGUCUUCAGUGAUUAAUGAUUCAGCAGUGUUAGAGCAGCACUGGGUCAAUAGACUGUGAAGUGUGUAAAUAUGUGGAUUUUGUACAGUAGAAUGCCAAAGAUUUAUUUUGUUAUAAA